CUUUUAAUUUCGUGUUGCGUCACGCUCAGUUGAGAAGGAAUUACUCGUUGAGUGACUUUCAAUUUCGUCAAAACAUUCUCGUUGAUUGGUAGUCGAUUAGUGUGAGAUCAAGUGGUACUAAGUAAUUGUUAUGUAAGAAGAAAAUAAUCAAAAUGCAAAAAAUGCAUGCAGGUCUAUUAUUUGUUGCUGUCUGUACACUAAUUCCAUCAGUUUUACCAAUCAGAAAUACGUUCAGAAACUACCACCAAGAACUAAUAUACCCAUCUAAAGAUCUGUUUGGAAGUUCACUAUCUCUAGAUUUUUCACUCGGCUUGAGUUUAAAGAAACCGAGGAUUGAGAUACCACCGUUCACACAGUUCGCUCUUUUUGAGUCACCAAAGAUUAAUGGUCCUCCUGUAUUUCCACUGUUUACUCCAAAUACAGUCGAUCAAAGACCUGAGACUGUUGGACAAAUCGAAGAAUACAAGAAAGCUUUAGCAGAAGAAGCGGAAGAAAAACUAAAGGAACAACAAGAAAAUGUUAUCCCUUCAUCAUUUAGACAAUUUUCCGGGCUUGGCAGUUUCGAUUUGACCACAAAACCGACACAUUAUGUAAAUGUAAAAUCUGAUGCUUAUACGUAUAAAUAUAGAGUUUAACCUUAUAGUCUAAGAGCCGAUAUAAGAACGAACUUCCCCGAUCUGUUGAAUGGAUAAAAAUUAUUUGAUAUAAAAUUUAGCAUGUUAAAAGUUUUAAAAAACAAGAGGUUCCCGAUAUAAUUUUGUUCAGACUAUAAUUACAGUGAACUCUCCCUUGAAGUCGUUCCUCAUAAAGUGUCCGUUUAAAGGAGGUGUCCGUUGAAGAGAAAAAAAAAUAUGUUAACUUGGAUGUUUUAAAAAUAAAUGCAUGUAUGUAUAUAUAUAAAAAGAGAUAUAGUCUGUUCGCUAAACUCAGACGCAACUGGCUACAUAUUUUAGUCGAUAAUUUUUUUGUUUUUUACCAAUUCUGCAAAAAUUUGCAAAAUUACUAACUAUUUAGUGAUUAUUAACUAUUUAGUAAUUAUUUUUUGCCAAUUUUACUAAAAUUGGCAAAAUUACUGACUAAAAUAUCUAGAAAGUUGCGUCUGAGUUUAGCGAACAGACUAUACUAGGUUUAAUAUUACAUAACACAAGUUGUGGAUGACCACGCAGCGUUGUUUAUGAAGAAUUUUCUCUCUGCAUUCUUCUAUCAAAAUAUUAUAUUGGUACAAAAGAGAAUUGUGAUCCUAUCUUUAGAAGCCUUGCCUCCAAUGCCCCUUUCUCCUUUCAGGGUAUAAGUUUUCUUGGGUAAUGCUCUAAACUCUAAAAAAUAAUCCCGUCUCAUCUGCGUUAAUAAUAGGUUUGUUCCAACACAACGAAAACCUCAUCAUGUAACGAUCAUCGUCCUGCGCAGUGAACAAAAUAACCCAUGGAAUGCACGAUAUACAGACACAGAAUGUAUGGAACGUAUUAUUUUAUAGUAACGUGAUCGUUACAUGAUGGCUCUUCGUUGUGUUGGAACAAAACUCAACGCUUAGAUUCCUUGCAACUUCUAAUGCCUUUUCUUGAAUAAUUUUACCAGAAACAGGAAUAUUUUUAGACCGCACUUCACAAAACAAUCGAAAACAAUUAUUUAUAGGUCUAAUGCUGUACCAUCGGUUUUCAAAAAUUUUCUUUUCGCUUCCAGGUGACCGUUCUCAUAAAACUGAUUGAUUAUAUCACUUUUAUGAUUCAAAAUUUCACUGGCUUGAGGUUUUCUAAUUCCAAAUUUUUCAGCUAGCUGUCUAACAUUUAAUUUAUGCUUCUCUCCAUAAUGAACCACAUCGACUUUUUCUUUCAAACUUAAAAAAAUCUAAUAGACACAAAAUUUAUUAUGAAAUGUAAUCCAAAAAUAAUGUUUUUAAGGAAACACUCAUAAAAAUACGACAUCUAUUGCAUAUGCUUAAUCAGACAUUCCGCUUAAAAUUAUUAAAUCCUUGUUCCAGUCAAAACACAAGUCAAAACAACCGACCAACAAAAACAUUAAAUUUUUAUUACUUCUUAUGUAGUGUUGAUAACGUGAACAGUACCAAAUAUCAUUUCGUGGACAUCUGUAUUGAUUUGAAAUAAUAAAUGUAUUAUCUACUGACGAUUUAUAUUGUAAAAUAUUUGAAAAAAAGUUUUAAUUUUUUUCAUUUACUGUCCCCGUCCCUUGUUGAUAGUGUCCGUCGAAGGGAGUUAAAGGAUACAGGUUCAUAUAUGACCGAAUAAUUUUUGUUUUAAAAAUCGUCCGUAUAGUGGAGGUGUCCGGCGAAGAGAGGUGUCCGUUAAGAGAGAGUUUACUGUAAUUAAUAAUUAAAAAAUGACUUUAUGACUACCCCAGAUAAUCCAAAUAAUAUUCGAAAAUAUUACUUCAAUUAUCCAAGAUAGCUAUCGUUCACCCUAGCUUAGCUCAGUCUCUCAAGGUGUGUGUUCGUCUUGUCCCAAUCUUAGAUAUGAACUAUGAAAAUUCAGAAUGGAAGCAAACAAAACAAUAUUUAACCAAUCAUGUUUAUUGUUCAAUAAAGAUAUAAUAAAAAAUGUGACUUCUUAAAUGCAUUAACAAAUAUAUUCAAUCUUGCUAAAAACUUACUAUUUUUAAAUUAUACUUAUGGUUUAUCGGUUCGAUGGUAACUUCUUGAUGACGAAUGGUACAGCUGUUGACUUGUAGACCUGGGCAGAUGUUGUGGUCCUAGGUCCCUGCAGCGACGGUCCUGGUGGUGUUGUACAUGUUGGGUGCUGCUGUCUAUCUAGAUGCAUCCUGUUGUCUUCGCCUUAUGAGUAGCAUCACCGGUGAUGUAUGAGGCCGGAGGUUCCCGAAGGGAGAAAGAUUGAUUUUUUCGCAAAAACUAGAAUAUAAAACGUGUAUAAAUUUUGACAUCGAGAAGAAAGGUACCUUGCCCAAAAAGUAUUCAAAAAGUAGCAGAUGGCAAUGGGUAAAUUAAAUAGAAUUAAAACUGAUACUACUAGUUAAAAUUUGAUUACUAAUAGCAUAUUAAUAUAUGAAAAGAAAUAUCAGAAAUCAGAACACAUGCUUUUAGAAGAUGGGAGGUUAGGUAUAGAAACAGAAAAGGUUAUAAAAAUUAAUACAGGGUUAUAAAAUCUUGUACAGUGAUGGUUAAAAAGUUACCCCAAGAGACAAUAUGAAAGUCUGGAAAUAAAAUGAAGAUGUGAUGGGCUCAUCUCAUCUCAUAAUAAAUUAAUUUUUCCCCUCCAUUACUAAUUGCCACUCUCAUUGACAUUACAGCGUAAAGUAUGAGGGGAUGGACAACCAUAUUCCGUAUUAAAAGACAGAUAUCGAGACAGUAAGGAUAUAAGGAGUACAUUCAGUAUGAUGACGGUUAGAUGUUAGAUGAAAAGAGAGUUGCCUAUAGAACGGCGCUAAACAGGUUUUUAACGAAAAAACAAGUUAAAACGAAUACAGAAUAUAAUUAUUAAUGAAAUCUUAAAGAAAAAAAAAUUAUUUAAAAAUAAAAUAGCAAAGAUGUGACGUUUGUAUCGUUACCAAUCGAUAUGAUAUAUACAGAGAAGCAUAAACUCAGAAAAGGUAAAGAGAAGGAAAACUAACACUAUGGCUCAGGUGUAGAGGAAGACCUAGAAAAAGAUGGCUGGAUGAUGUAGAAGAAGACAUAAGAGCAAUGAAUGUUGAAGAUUGCAAAGUUCAGUGCAAGGAAAGAAAGAAAUGGAAAAAAUCACGACAGCAGCAGAGAUACACCAAGCUAUAAAUGACAGAGAAAUAAUCAACCUUAACCAAGAAUAGGAUUUUGAACGCGUUGACGUUAGCUAUACUUCCUAGGGAUUGUAAUGCUUAAUGAAUGAAUGUAACAGAUCAGUGAAGGUCGUCCUCAUAUCGGAACCUAUCUCUACUAUUAAGAAAAUUAUGUUACCUACAUUAUUAAUUUAUUAUCUUUACAUUGUUGUUCUAUUUUUUUAUAUUGUCAUUGAAUAAAUUUAUGUUUUAUUUACUUAAA